AGUAAGGGGAAUUCAAACCCAAAAGCUCAGGAAAACAGGCCCGCUUCUAUUGUGUGAUUACCUCCACUGAAUGCCUCCUAUAUUUGAUUGACAAGUUUUUUUCCAGGAUCCCUUCUUGAAUGUCCUGGCUGCUGUCGAAGGCGGGAGGCACCUCAUGAGCAGCCAGCAGUGAGAGCCUUGCACUGCCUGCUUCUGCCUGCUGGAACAGCCACUGGCCCCUGUGGAGAUGAAUGGAGAACAGCAGUAUGAUGCAGAUGCUGGUUCCAGUGUGGAAGAAAUGGAAUUCAACUGGGAUGAGUAUCUAGAAGACACAGGAGCAACUGCAGCGCCCCAUGGAUCUUUUAAACAUGUGGAUACCAGUUUGCAGAAUGGCUUUGCCCCUGGCAUGAAGCUGGAAGUGGCUGUCAAGUCUGACCAGAACACCUACUGGGUUGCCACCAUCAUCACCACGUGCGGGCAGCUGCUGCUGCUGCGCUACGACGGCUACGGCGAGGACCGCAAGGCUGACUUCUGGUGUGACAUCCUGACUGCUGACCUGCACCCCAUCGGCUGGUGUCAGCAGAACAACAGGAUUCUCAAAGUGCCUGAAGGUAUCAAGGACAGGAUACCUGACCAGGAGGAGUUCCUUCAGCGGGUGCUGAAGGGGGCCUGCAGUGCUCCUGCGAACCUGCUGGAGGGGCUUCACAGAGGGAAAAAUCCACUGGAUCUUAUUGCACCAGGCUCCCGACUGGAGCUGCAGAACAUGCGGGACUCCCUGGAAGCCUGGGUAGUCACCGUGGUGGAAAAUGUUGGUGGGAGACUUAAGCUGAGAUAUGAAGGCCUGGAGGAUUUGGACGAAUUUGACCAGUGGCUCUUCUAUUUGGACCCUUUCCUUCACCAAGUGGGUUGGGCAGCUCAGCAUGGAUACAGCCUGCAGCCACCUUUAGCCAUUAGGUCCUUGAGGAGUGAAGCAGAUUGGCAAGAGAUCCUGAAGAAGGUGAAAGAGGAGGAGGAGGAGUCAUCUGUUCCUACAGAUCUUUUUAAGGAUAAACCUGUGAUUGGAGUGCACUCAUUCUCUGAAGGCAUGAAGCUGGAAGCUGUGGACCCAAUGGCUCCGUUUGUUAUCUCUCCUGCAACAGUUGUCAAGGUGUACAAUGACAAAUAUUUCCUGAUGGAGAUGGAUGAUCUGAGAGCCGAGCGCGUGCCCAGCCAGCGCUACGUUUGUCACGUCAGCAGCGCCGGCAUCUUCCCGGUGCAGUGGAGCCUGAAGAACGGGCUGCACCUCAGCCCGCCCCCAGGUUACCCUGGGCAGGACUUUGACUGGGCUGACUACCUCAAGCAGUGCGGUGCUGAGGCAGCUCCCCAGAGCUGCUUCCCUUCGUUAACUUCUGACCAUGGAUUUAAAGAGAACAUGAAACUCGAGGCUGUGAACCCAGUUGAUCCUGAAGAAGUUUGUGUUGCUACAGUCACCAAGAUAAAAGAUUCGUACCUCUGGCUUCAGCUGGAGGGCUCCAAGAAACCUGUCCCUGAGUGUAUAGUGAGUGUGGAAUCCAUGAAUAUAUUUCCAGUGGGCUGGUGUGAGACGAAUGGAUAUCAGCUCAGGCCUCCUCGCAAAGCAAUAGUAAACAAGCAGAAAAAAAUUGCAGUAGUUCAACCAGAGAAACAAAUUUUGUCUUCAAGGACAGUUCAUGAUGGACUAAAGAACCAGGAACUGAACUCUUCUGACUCAGUGGUAAUUAAUGUCAAGUAUUGCUGCCCAAAGAUCUACUUCAACCACCGGUGCUUCUCGGGGCCUUACCUGAACAAAGGCAGGAUUGCAGAGCUGCCCCAGUCCGUGGGGCCUGGCAACUGUGUUCUGGUGCUGAAGGAGGUUCUCACCCUGUUGAUCAAUGCUGCCUACAAACCCAGCCGUGUCCUGAGAGAGCUGCAGCUGGAUGAGGAGGCUGCUUGGCAUGGCCAUGGAGAGACCCUAAAAGCCAAAUACAAAGGCAAGAGCUACCGUGCAACAGUGGAGGUUGUGAGGACAGCAGAUCGGGUGGCAGAUUUCUGCAGGAAAACCUGCAUCAAGCUGGAAUGCUGUCCAAACCUCUUUGGCCCUCAGAUGGUGCUGGAUAAGUGUUCAGAGAACUGCUCUGUCCUGACAAAGACAAAAUACACACACUAUUACGGAAAGCGGAAAAACAAGCGCAUAGGUCGGCCCCCAGGUGGCCACAGCAACCUGGAAGUAGCCAUGAAGAAACCAAAUAAAAGACGGAAGAGACGAAAACAUUUCUUUGUUCAUAAGAAAAAACGUUCCUCUACGUCUGUGGAUAACACUCCAGCUGGAUCUCCCCAGGGCAGUGGGGCAGAAGAGGAGGAUGACCAGGAUGAGGUGGAUGAAGAGUCUCUGACUGAGGACAGCACCUCGGAGCACCAAGAUGAGCUGCUUGAAGAAUCAGAGGUGUCAGAGAAGAAAUCCCUCUCAUCAUCUCCCACCCAGAGCAAACUGUCUCAUUCCCUGGCUCAGGACCGAGACAAGCGGAAGAGGAAGCUCAGGACCUUCUCCUUUUCUGAUGAUGAAAAUAAACCUCCUUCACCAAAGGACAUAAAGAUGGAAGUUGCUGAAAAGCUGCAGCUGGACAGUAACCCUCUGGAAUGGAGCGUGGCUGAUGUGGUACGAUUCCUCAAAUCCACCGACUGUGCUCCUCUGGCAAGGAUUUUCCUUGAUCAGGAAAUUGAUGGCCAGGCACUGCUGCUGCUGACCCUGCCCACUGUUCAGGAGUGCAUGGACUUGAAGCUUGGACCAGCUAUUAAACUCUGCCAUCACAUUGAGAGGGUCAAACUUGCCUUCUACCAGCAGUUUGCAAACUGAGGAGCAGCCAAGUUGCAGUGGACCUUUGAAGCACAACUACAAAAAGAGGCUCCUUCCUCUCUAGC